CGGCCUGGCGGAGCCCAGUCGAGUCCCGUGAGUCCGGGCAAACACAGCUAUUAAAGUGGUACGUGGUGGUGGUGUAGGCGUCGUCCGGGACUGAGAUUUCGAGGGCCGCCAUCGGGGAAAGCAUCGGGCGCGGAUCGGUGUCCGCGCGUCCCAGUGUCAGUCCGGCGACAUCACGCGUGGUAUGGCACUACGACGACGGUAGGCCGUCCUAGCGCUGGAAAACCCGAACGGACGGUCCCACACGUUCCUCGUUCCGGAAAACCGACCGGGGGCCUGUCACCGCUGCGACACGCCGCGCGACACAAGGGAAAACAGGCAGCCCGAGAAAUAGAGCGAGAGAGAGAGAGAGAGGGAGCCCACCUGAGAGACACCCCCUCCAAACACACCGAGACCAGUGGCGGCGGUGUCGCGACACCGCUCGAACUACCUCCGGCCUGGACGCGAACGUGAAACCCGCGGAGGACGCAUACCGAAGUAAUCCACACGCCGGAAUCGAAAUAGGAGGGCGCGCACCAUGAUUCUGCGCGUCUGAGUGUGUUUUGUGUGUGUGUGGUGUGCGCGGUGCCGGCGGCGCUCGCGCGCGCGAGACAGGGGGACCGCGAUAGAUAGAUGGAGAUAGAUAGGUAGACUAGGUGUAGAUAGCGAUAGAUAGGACAAGAUAGAGGCGGAAGGUCGCGAGAAUAGGAGAAAGGGGUUCCCGCUGAAUAGUAGCCAAAGUGCGCGACGGGAAAUAGUGACAACAACGCACCGCUUAUCAGAGAUAGAGAGAUAGGGAGAGAGAGAGAGAGAGAAAAAGAAAGAGAGAAAGAAAGAGAGAAAGAAAGAGAGAGGGAGAGUAGGGCCUGAAUCGGAACGGAUCGGGUAGAAUCGCGCGCGGUAAAGGGUCACGGGACGAUGUUAUCGUUGGUGGUCGCGAGUUCCUUCGAUCCCUGACGAGCAGUGGCUCGCGCGCUCCGUGUGACCGAUUAAAAGAAGACUCGCGAGUGUGUAUCGAUUGAAGAGAGCCGUGGGUCGCGGGCGGGAACGGCCUGGCAAGAGGUAAAACGAUAUUCCGACGACGACGACGACGGUGCAACGAGGGAAUCGAGAGCAGAUAAACGGGAUCGAGUGAGAGGGACGUGAUCGAGGAGCAAGACUCGCGAACAGAACGAGAAAGAAAGAGUUUAACGGCGGCUGUGAGUGAUCCGUAGUGCGUGUACCGAGAAAAGAGCAACAGAGCCCAGCGAAAACAGAGGGAGACAGGAGAGAGAGAGAGAGAGAGAUCGAGACAGAGAGAUAAAGAGAGAGAUAAAGAUACGUAGAGUGCGUGCUCUGAAGCCGGAGCACGUCGCGAAGGAGUAUCAUCGAGGACGGGGGGUCCAGCGCGACAUUGGGGGGGCGUGUGAGACUGAUUUUGCCCCCCCUACCCCCCUCCCUCGUCGCCGUUGCCCAAAACUGUGACUUCAUCGUCCCACUCGGGCAAUCUCGUCGCUGGCGUUACAACGUUGCCGUUUAGGGUGUCUCGGCCAAAGAAGGUCUGGGCGAGGCUCGAGGAGGACGCCUCCAGGAAGAUCCCCGCGCGCCAGCGAAGGAGGAAGCGGCGAGAAACGGUGGUGUCCCGUAGCGUAGGAAGAAGUAGAGUAGUAAGAUGCUAGUCUUCCCCGGCAGCGAGACGUCGACGAGGAUGGGAUCGAUGGUGUCGCACGAACGGCAACUUCGUCUGCUCCUGUCGAUCCUGGUGCUGCUGUCCCCAAGGCUGCCGGUCCGUUCGACCCCGGCCGACAUAGUACAAAAGUUCCACGACCCGGAGGUGAAGCACAUGAACCAUCUAGUGGUGGACAAGAACACCGGCCGGCUGUACGUGGGCGCGGUGAACCGGCUGUAUCAGUUAUCGCCGGACUUGAACCUGGUCGUGAAGGAGAUAACAGGGCCGAAAGGCGACUCGACCGCUUGCUCGAUGAUCAACUGUCCCCGGGAGACGCCGACCCGGCCGGUCGACAACGUGAACAAGGCGCUGGUGAUCGACUACACGACCAGCAAGCUGAUCUCGUGCGGCGUCGUGUCCCAGGGCACCUGCAGGGUCCGGAACCUCCACAACAUCUCGGACAUCGUGCAAGAAGUGAAGGAGGCGGUGGUCGCGAACAACGAGACCGCCUCGACGGUCGCGUUCAUCGCGCCCGGACCGCCGAACCCGCCGGUCUCCCAGGUGAUGUACGUGGGCGUCACGUACACCGGGAACUCGCCCUACCGAUCCGAGGUACCAGCGGUCAGCUCCAGGUCCCUCGACAAGGACCGGAUGCUGAACAUCGCCAAGGCCGCCGUCACCACUGGCACCAGGAUGUACGUGAACUCGUUGUCCCGCGACCGUUACCGCAUCACCUACAUUUACGGGUUCAGCAGCGGCGGGUUCAGCUACUUCCUGACCACGCAAAUGAAGGACACGGAGACGCCUAUAUUCAUGUCGAAGAUGGUCCGGGUCUGCCACGACGACGAGCACUACUACUCGUACACCGAGAUACCGAUCAACUGUUCAACGGAGGGGACCAAUUACAAUCUCAUGCAGGCCGCGUACGUCGGCAAGGCCGGCUCCGUGCUAGCAGAGGCUUUGGGGAUCACCGCGCAGGAGGACGUUCUCUUCGCGGUAUUCUCUAAGAGCGAGUCCCUCAGCAACAACAUACCCCUGCCGGAUUCCGCGCUCUGUGUCUACUCGUUACAGGCCAUCAGACGGAAGUACAUGACCAAUAUACAGAAGUGCUUCAGCGGCGAAGGACACCGGGGACUGGACUACGUCUCGCCGAGUCACAAAUGCAUCUUAACGAAAUUGCAGACUAUUGGCGAGGACUUCUGCGGGCUGGACGUGAACACACCUUUGGGUGGCGAGGAUGCGGUCGAAGGUACUCCAGUCCUCACCUUCAAGACCCGUCUGACCGCGGUCGCAGCUACCUCGACCGGUGACUAUACCGUCGUCUUCGUGGGCACCAAGGAGGGUCAUCUGAAGAAGGUGGUGGUAGAGAGCUCGACCAUGGGAUUGGAGUACGGCGACCUGGAGAUCGAUCCAGGGGCACCGGUGAACGCGGAUCUGCUCUUCGACUCCCAGCUCAUGCAUCUGUACGUGAUGACGAAUAAAACGGUGUUCAAGGUCAAGGUGCAGGAAUGCUCGGUGUACAAGACCUGCUUGGAGUGCCUCGGCGCGAAGGACCCGUACUGCGGCUGGUGUUCGCUGGAGAAUAAAUGCAACCUGCGCAGAGACUGCCAGGACGCAGCGAAGGACCCUCUGUACUGGAUCUCGUACAAAAGCGGCAGAUGCACGGCGAUCACGAACGUCAAUCCGGAUCUGCUGCAGCGCACUACCGCUCGAACCCUGGAGCUGGUCAUCGAGAACCUGCCGACGCUUCCCGGACAGUUCCUCUGCGCGUUCUCGACCCUGGACAAAACCCUGAUCACGAACGCCUCGCGGAAGUCCUUCGGCGUGAACUGCACCACGCCGAGGACCGAUCUCCUGCCGCCCAUACCACCUGGCCAGCACCAUUUCAUCGCGAAACUCUCCGUGAGAAUGACCAACGGACCGGACUUAGUCGCCACCAACUUCACAUUCUUCGACUGCAACACCUACAGCUCCUGCACCCAGUGCGUCUCGUCAAGUUUCCCCUGCGACUGGUGCGUCGACGCGCACAGGUGCACCCACGACACCGCUGAAAACUGUCGGAACGACAUACUGGUCACCGGAAUCAACAGGAUGGGUCCAAGCUACAGAAGCGGUCCCGCCUUCUGUCCAACCAUGAACGCGACCGACACGCAAGAGAUCCUGGUAUCGGCUGGCGUGAAGCAAGCGAUCCGCGUCAAAGUGCACAUCAUCGGGCAAUUCAUCGUGCAGACCCGGUUCGUCUGUCAGUUCAACAUAGAGGGCCGAGUAACGAGCGUGGGCGCCCGCUUGUUAGGGGACACGAUCUACUGCGAGGAGACUGACUUUUCGUACACGUCCCGCGCGCCGAACAUCAGCGUGCCGUUCGCGGUGAUCUGGGGCGGCUCGAAGCCUUUGGACAACCCGCACAACAUCCACCUGGUGAUAUUCCGUUGCCGCGACAUGGCCGACAACUGCGGCAUGUGCCUGGCCCUCGCGCCCAAGUACGACUGCGGCUGGUGCCAGAGCUCGGACAAGUGCGAAGUUAUGAGCCAAUGCAACUGGGGCACCAGGAUCUGGCUGAACAGGAACCAGACCUGCCCGAACCCUGUGAUACACUCCUUCGAACCGGUCAUGGGUCCCUGGGAAGGCAACACCAACGUCACCAUACGCGGCAUCAAUUUGGGCAAAACGUUCAAUGACAUCUUCCGCGGCGUUAUGGUCGGCGGGAUGAGUUGCGAGCCGUACGAAGAACUGUACAUGCGAACGAAGCAGAUCGUCUGCCGCGUAGACGGUCCAGGCAUCGAAGAGACCCGGAGCGGCCCGGUGGUGGUCGAGAUCGAGGCUUACCGCGGCGAAUCCAAGAACAACUUCGAGUUCGUGAAUCCUCGGAUCUACUCCAUAUCUCCUCAGUACGGGCCGGUCAGCGGCGGCACCACGGUCACCAUCACUGGACGACACAUGAACGCCGGCAGCAGGAUCGAGGCGUUCAUCGGCAACUAUUCGUGUUCCAUAAUCAGCACGGAACCGAACGAGGCGUUGUGUAUGACCAGCGCGAGCGACAAGAAGAAAAGGGGCGUCGUCCAGAUGAGAUUCGACGGCGCUUCCAGGUUCUACGACGGCGCGACGUUCGAGUACGUGGACGAUCCGACGAUCGACAGCGUGGAGAGCGGGGUGGCGAGUCAGGUGAAGAUCCCUAAGGGUAUCCCGGCCGGCGGCAUCAAGAUAUCGGUGACCGGGAAGAACCUCGGGUUCAUACAGAGUCCCCAGAUGUACGUUUACUACGACGAGAAGAUGUUCGUCUCACAGUGCGAAGUCCACAGCCAGGAGAGAAUGAUCUGCAAGUCGCCGACGAUCGAGCUGCCCGAGGACACCGUGCUGGACGCGGAGAAUCCUAUACCGCUGGUGUACGGUUUCCGCAUGGACAACGUGACGGGUGUACAGAAUCUGACUCAACGCGGUUUCCAGAAGUUCCUCCUCUACCCGAAUCCGAUCUACAAGGAGUUCGACGAGGAGAUCAAGUACUACAAGAGCGACUACUUGACCAUCAACGGGCUCUAUCUCGAUCGCGCCUGCCAGGACUCCGACGUGACCGUGCAGAUAGGCAACGCGUUCUGCAACGUCACCUCCCUCUCCAGGCAACAGUUGACCUGCAGGCCACCCUUGACUCAGCCGCCCGCCGUCGACUUCGAGGGUCUGCCGAACAAGCAGGAGCUACCCGAAGUGAUAGUGACCGUCGGUGGCACGCUUCGCUAUCGCAUAGGGAAACUAAGCUACGCGUUACCCGCCAGCCUCGACGGACCCCUGUCGAAGCCGGCCCUUAUCGGCGUGAUCGCCGCCAUCGUGAUCCUGGUGUUCGUGUUCAUCGCCUUCCUGAUCGCUUACCGCAGGAAGUCGACCGAGAGCAACAGAGUGCUGAAGAACAUGCAGGAGCAAAUGGACAUCCUAGAGCUGCGUGUCGCCGCCGAGUGCAAGGAGGCGUUCGCCGAACUGCAAACCGAGAUGACCGAUCUUACCGGCGAUCUGACCAGCGGCGGCAUACCGUUCCUCGAUUAUCGCACUUACGCCAUGAUGAUACUGUUCCCGAGCGACGACAAUAGCCCCGUGCUGCAAUGGGACCGGCCGGAACUGGCACGCAAGGAGAAAGGCCUGCGCCUGUUCGGCCAACUGAUACUGAACAAAACGUUUUUGCUUCUGUUCGUGCGAACGCUCGAGAGCAACCGAUAUUUCUCCAUGAGGGACAGAGUGAACGUCGCCAGCCUCAUUAUGGUCACCCUACAGAGCAAGAUGGAGUACUGCACGGACAUCCUGAAGACUCUUCUCGCGGAGCUGAUCGAGAAGUGCACCGAGGGCAAGAGUCAUCCUAAGCUGUUCCUCAGACGAACGGAGAGCGUCGCUGAGAAGAUGCUGUCAGCUUGGUUCACCUUCCUCUUGUACAAAUUCAUGCGAGAAUGCGCCGGUGAACCGUUAUACGUGCUAUUUCGCGCAGUGAAACAGCAGGUUGAUAAAGGUCCCGUGGACGCCAUCACUUCCGAGGCUAGAUAUUCCUUGUCGGAAGAGAAAUUGAUCAGACAAUCCAUCGACUUCAAACCAAUGACGGUCUACGUAUCCAUAUCUCAACAAACGGUUUUUGUCGGUGGCAUGGAUCCGAACACGGAGAACGUUCCGGUGAAGGUACUGGACUGCGACACGAUAUCUCAAGUGAAGGAGAAGGCAUUGGACACCAUCUACAGAGCCACGCCAUACAGCCAAAGACCUAGGAAGGACGACCUCGAUCUCGAAUGGCGAACCGGAGCAUCCGGAAGAUUGAUCCUGUACGACGAGGACUCGACAACGAAGACGGAGGGCGAAUGGAAGAAACGGAACACUUUGAACCACUACAGGGUACCGGACGGAGCAUCGUUGAACCUAGUGUCCAAGCAGUCGUCGAUCUACAACUUGUCGAUCCUUUCGGAGAAGACGGACAAGUCGCACAAAUACGAGACCUUGAACCUCAGCAAAUUUAGCUCGGCCAGCCCUCCGCUUUCUCGCGCCACGUCGCCGUUGAACCAAAACCACGACGGAGGACUGAAGUGCUGGCAUCUCGUCAAACACCACGACUCCGACGCGCGAAAAGAAGGCGAUCGCGGCAACAAGAUGGUCUCCGAGAUCUAUCUGACGAGGUUACUGGCAACGAAGGGUACGCUCCAGAAAUUCGUCGACGACCUGUUCGAAACGAUCUUCAGCACCGCCCAUCGAGGCUCGGCUCUUCCCCUCGCUAUAAAAUAUAUGUUCGACUUCAUGGACGACCAAGCUCUGCACCACGGCAUAUCCGACCCCGAAGUGGUCCACACAUGGAAGAGCAACUCCCUUCCGCUUAGGUUUUGGGUUAACCUUAUUAAGAAUCCGAAUUUCAUUUUCGACAUACACAAAUCGAACAUCGUAGAUUCGUGUCUGUCGGUCGUGGCGCAGACGUUCAUGGACAGCUGUUCCACUUCAGAUCAUAGAUUAGGUAAGGACUCGCCGAGUUCGAAGCUACUAUACGCAAAGGACAUUCCAGUGUACAAAGAAUGGGUAGAACGUUACUAUUCAGAUAUCAAAGUCAUGCCAGCCAUAUCCGAUCAAGACAUGAACGCCAUGCUUGCCGAAGAGUCUAGGUUGCACACAACGGAGUUCAACACAAAUUGUGCUCUGUACGAGCUGUACACGUAUGCGGGUAAAUACAACGAACAACUGAUAGUGACACUGGAAGAGGACGAAUUCUCACAGAAGCAGAGACUGGCAUACAAGCUCGAGCAAGUGCAUAAUAUAAUGGCGGCGGACAAUCCCUGAUGUACCAUGAACUCUAUGAAGCACAUGUCAAAGCCUGCCCGCCAAGAGUUACCCUGCUGAAUACUCGACCACAGUUAGGUAUUCUUGAGGAAGCACCAAGAGGACUGGCCUAUCUUAUAAUCGAUCGUCUCAGGUUUUCCGUGCAAGCCAGUUGUACGCUUAGUAUGCGAAUGAAAUACACAAUUACAGGUACACCCACAGAAACCUACACUCGUACACAUACACUCGUCAACGGUCGUGGACACUUGCGAACACGCAUUGCAUACAGACACAAACAGGAAGAUACUGCACAAUGGACUGCUAAGCAAAGAAGCUUCACGGGGGAAGUUCAACGGGAAGACAUUAAGUGUUGUUUGGAUUAAUACGUGUGAGAAUUAACAGAGAAAAAAACAAAAGUCUUCUGAAUGGUCGCUGGCAGGCGGGUGUGUGCGGCGAUAAUCAAGUGCGCACGCCACGCAUAACUGUACAUAAGAUACCAAAAUCACGAUUAAUUGUAAUAGAAUUAUUUGAUGUGCGGCGGCCACACCGGCCGGCGGCCAUGGCACACAACAAAUAAAUAAACGAUAUACAACCAUAAAGAAAGAAUAAAAGAAAGCAAAUGAAAUGAAAAAAAAAAAGAAUGAAACGGGAUUUUUUCGCCAAUGUUUCGCGGCAGCGAUCAACGCCGCGAAUCGGUCGGUGGACAACAUAGGGUUUUAAAAACACGAAACGAAGAUUUCAAACGGCAAAAAAGUAAAAAAAUAGACAUUAGUGAUAUAAGUGAGAGUGAACGAAUCGGCCGGUCGAUCCCGAUUGUUUGUAAAUGUGUUUAAAAAGAAGCGAUCGAUAAUGCCGCGCGCCAUCGUCGGGGGAUCGGCGAUUUUUAACGAAGAAACAUUUCCAUCCACCGCUACUAGCUGAAAUUUUUUGAAUUACGAACUGACGAAUUUUAAUAAAUAAGAUAAUUAACGAUUAA